AUGUCACAGUGUCAAUUGUUAAUAUGGGAUAAAGGUAUACCAAAUACCGUUCAGUGCGCGAUAUCCAAUCCGUUAAAAUGGUUCAUUAAUGAAAAUGUAUUAAAUACUACUGAUUCAACGUACAGGAAAAUUUAUGGAUAUGUACCGAAUGGCAGGCACCUUUAUGUAUAUCAUCCAAAACAUAAUCAAGUGAUCAAAUGUUCGGGGAAUUUAACCUCGUAUUGCUAUCGUAUAAUUUUAAAUGGAUGUCUUCCUAAGACAUGUCAAAAUAAUGGCCGAUGCAAAAUGAUUGAUUCGAAUACGCCAAUUGAACGAGUAACUUGUACGUGUAAAUAUCUCACGAAGGGAUACAAAUGCAAUGAAAAAUAUGAAAGCAUGGCAUGGGUAACCUUAUUACUUUGGUUAGCUGUCUUAUUCGAAAUAAUAAUGAUCAUUGGAGCAAUUUAUCGUAACGAGAAUCAAAGAAUUUAUAAAGGUGUAAUCAAUCGUCGUUUUGUGGAUAUAAUUGGUGAGCCUGAUGAAUUAUUCCGAUGA